AUGAAAGCUUCAAGUGUUCUUCUUGCUGUAUUUUCUGGGCUGGCUAUAGCCGCUCCUGCUCUGGACCCCCGUCAAAACGUUGACAAGCUCAAUGCGGCCCUCAAAGCCCUCAACGAGAAAAACGCGGAUGUGGAGGAGCGUAUAGGCACAAGCGUGGAUGACCAAGCCAAAAGACAUAAACAAUGGAAGGAUCGGUCGACUAAACAAGUGGAAUUGAUCAAGACGGCGAAAGUCGUGGUGGACCAAUUGGCGGAGCUCAUUAAUAUAGCAGCACAGAAAGCUGAUGAGGCACCAGGUAGACUGGAUGAGCAAGAGAAGAGGCGAGAAGCAGAUAAUCAAGACUAUUGGAACAUUGCAAAAGACUUUAAAGUUGCAAUCAAGGGUUAA